GAGAGAGCUGGGACGUCGCCUGAGUUUGAGAGAGAGCGGCAGACGGAGUGGAGAAGAAUCCCACUGUUGUGUACCAGGAAAACAAUGCCCGACUUUAAAACUCCCCAGAACCUAUGCCCGGAACAUGCAGAGUUGCAGCAACAUGAAACUGCCGGCUGAAAACUUUUAGAGGAAAACUCAAAGAAACUUUACAAAGCAACGAGCUGUCCUCCCGCGUGAGAUGAACGGCGCUGCUGGAAAGAACGGAUGGGUAACACAAUGGCUGCAGUUACUCGGGCUUUGGCUGGGUGUCUCGGAUUGGGCUUUUGCAUUCAUUCGCUAUACGAUUCCUGAAGAAAUGCCGAAGAGCUCUUUGGUAGGAAACGUAGUGGUUGACCUGGGCUUAGAUCUCCAGCAGCUACAAGCUCGAAAUCUCCGGGUUGUGUCGGGAGGCAGCAGAAAAUACUUCGAAGCAGAUCUCAGCACUGGAAAGUUGCUAGUAAAUGAGAGAAUCGACAGGGAGGAACUUUGCGCGACUCUCUCCCCUUGUGUCCUGAGCCUGCAGAUCAUAGCGGAGAACCCCCUGGAGCUCUACGGCGUGGCGGUGGAAAUCCAAGACAUCAACGACAAUGACCCGGUUUUCCUGAGCAAACAAAUGAGACUGGAAAUCAGCGAGUCGGUGUCACCUGGGGCACGUUUUCCUUUGGAGAGCGCGCAAGACCCCGAUGUGGGAAUUAACUCUUUACAGACCUACCAGCUCAGCUCCAAUCAGCAUUACGUGUUAAACGUACAGACUGGAGGGGAUAAUACAAAAUAUGCAGAGUUGGUGCUGGAGAAGGCACUGGAUAGGGAGCAGCAAAAAGAAAUCCUGCUGGUUCUCACGGCACUGGAUGGAGGAAAUCCACCUAGAUCUGCCACCUUGCAAGUACUCAUUGAUGUCCUAGAUGCAAAUGACAACUUCCCUGUCUUCAACGAGUCUAUUUACAGAGCCAGCCUGAAAGAGGACACACCCUUAAACGCUUUGGUCGCCAGAACGAGAGCUUUUGAUCUCGAUGAGGGCCCUAAUGGAGAAAUAAUUUACUCCUUCAGCAGUCACACCCCUGCUAGAGUUCGGCAGCUCUUUGUUUUAGAUUCUGUUACUGGAGAGCUGAGGCUCAAUGGAUUGCUGGAUUUUGAAGAAACCAAAUUUUAUGAGAUUUAUGUCCAGGCAAAAGAUAAAGGUACCAACCCUGCAGAGGCUCAUUGUAAAGUGUUGGUAGAAAUUAUUGAUGUCAAUGACAACAUCCCAGAGAUCACAGUGACCUCAGUGUACAGCCCAGUACCAGAAGAUGCAGCUCCAGGAACAGUAAUUGCUUUGCUAAGUGUCACAGAUCAGGACUCUGGUGGCAAUGGCCUUGUAAAUUGCUUUAUACCUUCUGGCACUCCAUUUGCCCUUAGUUCUUCACUUAAAAACUACUACACAUUGCAAAUGAAAGAACCAUUGGACAGGGAACUUGUUUCUGAGUACAAUAUCACAAUUACUGCUCAGGAUGCUGGCUCACCGCCUCUCAUGGAGGAAAAACAAAUACUUGUUAAAGUGUCUGAUAUAAAUGACAACCCCCCUACAUUCCCACAAUCUUUCUAUGAUGUGUAUAUGGAGGAAAACAACCUUCCAGGGGCCAUUAUUUUUAAUAUUAGUGCCUCUGAUCCAGAUCUGGACCAGAAUUCCCGUCUUUCUUACUCUAUCUUGGAAAAUGAGAAACCUGAAGGAGAUCUGAUUAGCAGAUAUUUUUCUAUUAACCGGGAGAAUGGUACUAUUUAUGUCCUAGCACUUUUGGAUUAUGAAAACAUCAUGGAGUUCAGGCUAGUGGUACAAGUCCGUGAUGGAGGGCUUCCACCCCUUGCCACUAACGUCACAAUCAAUGUUUUUGUCACAGAUCAAAAUGACAAUGUACCCAGAGUCUUAUAUCCAACUUCGGGUAACAGUUCUUUGUUUUCAGAAGUAAUGUCAUCCACAGUCAGUCCUGGAUAUUUGGUCACCAAAAUUGUGGCCUGGGAUGCAGAUGCUGGUUACAAUGCCUGGCUUUCCUAUGUACUUCAUGAAGCCACUGAUCCAGGACUCUUUGCUGUGGGCUUGUAUUCUGGGGAGAUAAUAACAGCACGCUCUCUACAGGAAGAAGAUUCCCGCAAGCAAACUUUGAUAAUUUUAAUAAAAGAUCACGGAGAACCCGCGUUGUCCUCCACUGUGACCCUCAUUGUAACAAUAGCAGAGGCAUCCAGGGAGACACUGACAGACUUUACAGUGGUGUCUACUACACCACAAUCAAAGAAACACUUGACUUUCUAUUUGAUCCUUGCUAUCAUUCUGAUAUCGGUGGCCUUCUUUGUCACAGUGAUUGGAGUGGGCUCUUUUAAAUUUUACAAAUGGAGGCAGUCCAAGGAUAUCUUCAAGGCCUCCAGGAGCAACCUUUACAGAACCCCAGAGCCUUUCAACCACGUGGACACUGUGCGGAGUGGAUUUUUUCCUCCAGAUUUCUACCAGCAGGUCCUUACCACUGACUCUUGCCAGAGUGAUCUUCUAUACAAAAUGCCUUUUGCUCCCAGUACUAUGGGGAGCCGCCAGAGUACUGUCACAAGAUGCGAUCCUGCAGUGUACAACCAGAUAAUAAGUACCAGUAACAGGCUGCUAGUGCCCUCUGAGCAAGCACAACCUAACACAGACUGGCGUUUCUCUCAGGCUCAGAGACCAGGAACUAGUGGAUCUCAGAAUGGAGAUGAAAAUGGAACUUGGCCAAACAAUCAGUUUGAUACUGAAAUGCUUCAGGCUAUGAUUUUGGCAUCAGCAAAUGAAGCUGCUGCUGCUGCCGCUGCUAAUCCAGAUGGAAAUUCUACUCUGGGAGGAGGAGCAACAGCAGGCACCAUGGGCCUCAGCACCAGGUAUGGCCCCCAGUUCACCCUUCAGCAUGUUCCUGAUUAUAGGCAGAAUGUAUACAUCCCUGGGAGCACUGCUACCCUCUCCAAUUCCUCUGGCAAACGUGAUGGAAAACCUGCAGCCUCUGGAGGGGGAAAUAAGAAGAAGUCAGGAAAGAAAGAGAAGAAGUAGAAUCCACAGGAUAACACAGCCACUUCCACGUAGUUCUAAAGGGCAGACUCUUCCAGCACUCCCCCAGUUCAUAGCCUAGGAUGGAAGACGAAUGUGAAUUUGUGGUUAACAUUUUUUUUAAAUAUGGAACAUUGUGAAUGUACAUUGUUGUUGUCAUCUAAGUUUAUGAGUAGAUGUACUGCUGUUACUCAUGAUGAAAAAUAUCUGGAUAAUAACAAAUACAGUGUAUACUCUUUCAAGGACGAUCUAAUAUGCAAGGGUGUCAGAUCUUUGAAACAUUUUCUCUCCUGAAUGAUCUGCAUCAGCAACAAAGUUUAGGAUGGGCUCUGCUCAUUGUAAAUAAUUAUUCUGAACAGAGUUUUUUAUUUAUAUAAGUUCCUCCAUUUUUAUGAAAAUUCUCACUUUUCCAAAUUUUGAUAGAAGUUCUUGGGGGGAGGGUUAGGCAUCAUUUCAGCUGGAAUCCUUGUUAUGACAUUGAUAGGGAGUGCUUUAGUUCCUGCUUUGUUUUAAAUGAAGUGUUUAUCCUGUAUUAUUACAAGGGAAUGAGAUUCAGCUACAUUGUAAACAUUUAUCUUUUUUACAAGUUUAACCAAUGAUGGCCAGAAAAAUUAAACUGAUAUUGUAAUUUCUGAGAAGCAAGGAGCGCAUUGCAAUGGGAAGCCUUCCACGCGCAGAAUAUGCCGUAGGUAUUAGCAAGACAGAGAACACUGCCAUUCAUGAUUGAUUUACAGUGAUCUCUAAAGAGGCAACACAUCUCAUCUACAACUUGGUCCAUUAAUAUGUACAUGUAUAGUAAAUGUUUUCUAGAAAAAGUUGAAGAAAAAAGUCACUCACUUGUGAGCAUAGUGAGCUACUGCUCUUAUCUCUGCUUGACUCCUGAGGGAGAUGUCUUUGUUAACUGGAUGAGCUCUGCUGAUCUUAUAGGUAGAACAUUAAAAAUAGAAUGCUUCACAUUUUUCUGCACAUCAAACUGCAUGCAAAUCACCUUACAUUUACAGGAGAGCUGACUCCACACCCAAGCUUGAAUUGGGAAAUUUAUUGCAUGACAUGAACAGCAUGAUGUUAAUAUGCCCGCAAGUGCCCACAUCCUGGUAGAACCUCAGCACUGUCUGUGAGUAAAGUUCACUAGCAAGAUGCAUUGCCCUGCCUCAGAGAGAUGGGGAACUCGUGUAUUUCAUUUCUCUGGGCAGUAUAGCAAAAAAAAAAAAGAAAGAAAAAAUUGGUUUGCUGGCCUUCACAAUUUGAUAUUAGACAGUGACUGAUUUGAGAAAGCUAAGGGACCGGGCUCAAUGAAGGUAUACUGGAAUUAGAACUGGACACAUUGCCAAGCCAGUCACUUUAUUCCUGAGCUUGUUAUAAAUGUUAAACAAGUGACAAUGCAUUGGUGCAAUCAGGCAAUUUGAGACCCCUACCACUACCUCUUCUUGGAUAUGAACAGAUCUUAAAAUAUUAAAAAUACACCCAAGUUGUGUUACUAUGUUUUGAAAUUGCUAGAUUUACAGUAGCUCUUUUUAACUACAUCAUUUCAUAGCCUAAUAUUGACAAGAAGUAAGGUUUGCUAACUCUGGCUGAUUUGAUGACGUAAUGGCACUCUGAGUCAGGAGGGAAAGUGAAAUGUUAUCUUGGCAGUGUUGGUUGCCUUUCUCGAUAUACUGUAGGUUUCCUGUACUAUCUCAUGGUUUUCCUUAUCACAACAGAAGAGCCACAAAGGACCAGAGGAGGAUGUUUCCAACCUGGAGGGCAAACCACUGGUCCAAGAACACUUUUAUUUACACUGUAAUAAACAGCUUGCUUGAGAUAGUCAAAACAGGUCAGACUAAACAUAUGACAAGUUUCCGAAGUUGCCUCCCAAACUGAUUGGCUAUGUCGUUGUCACUGCUGGAGCAUUUUAUGCACUAUUUGAUGCUUUCCCUGUGUCUAGAAAGUAGGACUUGUCCACAAGAAGUUUCUGUCUACAUAUGGGUUUUGUAGUGAUCCCAGUCACCUCUCCAUCAACUUUUUCUUUGGUGACUGCACUAGAAACAGUUUACAUAGUUAGUGGAAUAGACGACAAGCUAGUGGGAAGUUCUGCAGCACGAGCCACAUUUAAAUGAAUGAGAGCAUGGUGGUCCUGUCAUGCAGCUCCCAUUUAUCUCAAUGCAGUUUGUGCAGGUACACUUCUGCUGGAUUGUGCCUAAAGCUUCUUAUGUAAUCGAGUAGUUAUCAUGUGACCUUUCUCAAAGUACUGUAGAUGAAUCUUAGUUAAUCUUUUUUCUUUUUUCAUCUACAAGCUGAAAGUAGUGUAGUGGUGCCUAGUGGUGUGUGUUUUUUGUUUGUUUAAUCUUAGUAACUGAGUUGUGGACAUCAGUAUUUUUUAUUCCUUUGGAUCUUCUUCAUGUGUGUUCAUUGUGCUUUUAACUGUAUGUGAAUUGAAACACACUUAUUUGUCCUUCCAAUGUGUCUAAUAUUGAGCUUAUACUUAUAUAUUAUAUAUAUGCUUAUAUCCUUCUUAUAUCCAUGUAACUGACAUUGAUGUGUUAACACGCAAGUUUUAUACUCUAAUAUUUAUAUUGCUCUUUUUUCUUUGGGAAAAAUAAUAAAAUCUUUUCUUCUG